GGAUUGUUGCUGCUCGAGGAUGACGGAUCAAUUGAGGAAAUUUUUAACACCUUCUUACAAUACGGUGACAGAUACACUUCACCAAUAGCAGUUGAAAUGGGCCCAAUGGUGUAUAUAUUUGUGUACACACCAGAGCAGCUACAGGUAGUGUUGAACUCGCCGCACUGUCUGGAAAAACCUCUGCAGUAUUCCUUCUUUCAAGUCAGCCGGGGAAUAUUUUCCGCACCAGUUGAUCUUUGGAAAAUUCUACGCAAAUUGAUCACUCCAUCUUUCGGUCCGGGAUUGCUGAGCAGCUUUGUGCCGAUAUUCAACGAAAAAAGUUCUGUUAUGGUGGAACAGAUGGCCAAAAACGUUGGAAAACCGCAACGAGACUAUUACUCGGAAAUAGUCUUAUGCUUCAUGGAUACUAUUUGCAAUACGGCGUUCGGAGUCGAUUGUGAUUUGCAGCGAUCACCAGCUGGAGCAGAAUAUGUCGAAACGCAGGAAAAGUAUAUAGAUAUUGUGACGGAGAGAUAUUUAAAACCAUGGCAGUAUUUAAACUUCAUCUAUCGGUUCACAAACGCGUACCAGAUAUUUAAAAAGAGGCACGGUAAAUUCUUAGCGCUGCUAACGCAAGCUACACGAAUAAACGAAGUUGAAGAUAUGUUGUCGAAGAACUCGAUAUCAAAAGAUUAUCAGGACAAAGAUGUCGGAGCUAAGAAAAUACCAAUAUUCGUCGAGAAGCUUUUGGAUGAGAUACAAAAAUCAGGUCACAUCAAACGAGAAGAUAUAGAUGACCACAUAGUGACAAUGUGUUUCGCUGGUAACGACACGACGGCAACCACAAUGUCCAACAUUCUGUUGAUGUUGGCUAUGCAUCCGGAUAUUCAGGAACGCGUGUACCAGGAAAUCAUAGCCGCUUGCCCGGAUAGAAAUCAACAGGUAUCGAUUGAAGACGCCGGCAAGCUCACGUACACAGAAAUGGUCUGCAAGGAAACGAUGCGACAUUUCUCAAUAGCUCCUGUUAUUGGACGGACCGCUACCCAGGAUGUGAAACUAAACGACGACAUCACCAUCCCAGCUAAUUCCACCCUAAUAUGCUGCUUCUACAAAUUGCACAUGGAUCCAAAAAACUGGGGACCCGACGUCAAAAACUUCAACCCGGAUAACUUUCUACCGGAUUUGGUAGCGAAACGGCAUCCCUAUUCGUUUCUUCCAUUCAGCGGUGGCCCUCGGAACUGUUUGGGAGUGCGGUAUGCAUGGCUUUCGAUGAAAAUUAUGCUGGUACACAUUCUGCGGAGGUAUCGACUGAGGACCACCCUAACGAUGGACACGAUAACCGUCAAGUUCAACUCGUUCAUGAAAAUCGAAGACGGUUGUCCGAUCACCGUGGAGGAGAGGUGACGUCCGGGAAAAUCCCUGCUUCAUAGUUCCUAAGAAGAGCGCAUAAUGUUUUUAAUGUUAUUAAUUCUUUUCAUUAGAUUAUAGAAAACGUUGGGGUUAGAAAGAAUAAAAAUGAUCAACGUUAAACACACCA